CUCAGUCCUCUUAUUGUGCGCUGGAUCCAAAAAAAAAGCUGUGACUGACAUGGCAUGAACUUGGAUGCUUCAAGAAGAAAAGCUCGUGUGCUAGAGAGGAGAAGCUCUUCAGCUGGACUGAAGUUAAACUGGAGAAAAAAAAAACGGAGAACGUGAGCAACUGGAGACGCAAGACAGAUAGAGAAGAAAAGAAAGACUGAAACAGAAGACCUCUCUACGCUGCAAAUUUUAACCAUGGACAAUGACAAUGACCAUAUACACACAAACGACUAUUCACAGCAUCAAGACAGAGACUUGUUCUCCUCUGAAGAGGACAGCAGUCUCUACUUCACCUACAGUGGCGGCUGCAAUGUGCUGGAGGUCAAAAACCUGCACUAUGAGGUGAAUACAGCAGCUCAGAUCCCGUGGUAUGAGAGGCUGUCAGAGUUCAAAAUGCCGUGGGAAAUUAAAGGAAAUAAGCAGACAGCCAUCAACAAGCUGAGCCUCACUGUCCACAGCGGACAGAUGCUUGCCAUCAUUGGCAGCUCAGGUUGCGGUAAAACGUCUCUGCUGGACAUAAUAACUUGUCGGGAUGAAGGAGGCACUAUGACAUCGGGUGAGAUUCUAAUUAAUGGGAAGCCCAACACGCCCCAGCUUGUGAAGAAAAGCAUCGCUCAUGUCCGCCAAGACGAUCGCCUUCUUCCUCACCUCACCGUCCGUGAGACUCUCAGCUUUGUCGCCAAACUGAGGCUCCCCACUCACUUCACACAGGCUCAGCGGGACCAGAGGGUGGAUGAUGUUAUCGCGGAGCUGCGGCUGCGGCAGUGUGCACACACCAGGGUGGGAAACAACUACAUCAGGGGUGUUUCUGGGGGAGAGAGGAGGAGAGUCAGUAUAGCUGUCCAACUUCUCUGGAACCCCGGUAUUUUGAUCCUGGAUGAACCCACAUCAGGCUUGGACAGCUUUACAGCUCACAACUUGGUGAUUACACUGUCCCGUCUGGCUCGGGGAAACCGUCUGGUUCUGCUGUCAGUCCACCAGCCUCGAUCGGAUAUCUUCCAACUCUUCGACCUCGUCGUCCUGUUGUCUUCAGGUUCAGCUGUUUACUGUGGUGCAGCUCGUGAGAUGGUGCCUUAUUUCACUGCUCUCGGACACCCCUGCCCACGAUACUGCAACCCCUCUGACUUCUAUGUUGAUCUGAUCAGUAUAGACCGGCGCAGUCCAGAGCAAGAAGCUGAGUGUUUGGAGAGGGCGAGAGCUCUGGCUGAGCAGUUCAUGGAAAAGGUCCGUGAUACUGACGACCACAUGUGGAAAGCAGCUGGGACGGAUGUGACACAAACUGACAGCCCUCAGCAGCCAAGCAGGGGAAAAGGAGAUGAAGUAAUUACUAUUUCCAAGGGCCAAAAAAGACUGCCAGGCAGACUACACCAGUUUAAUGUCCUCAUCAAGCGUCACAUGCAUAACGACUUUAGAGACCUAGUCACCAUAAUAGUGCACGGCCUCGAGGCCCUCCUCAUGUCACUGCUGGUCGGUUCUCUCUACUUCGGGGCAGGAGAAAACCGUCUGUCCAUUCAGGACACGGUGUCCCUCCUCUACAUGAUCGGAGCUCUCACCCCAUUUGCUGUGGUGCUGGACGUCAUAGCUAAAUGUCACACAGAGAGAGCCAUGCUCUACCACGAGCUGCAGGACGGCAUGUACUCUGUGACCUCCUACUUCUUCGCCAAGGUUUUGGGGGAGUUACCAGAACACUGUGUGUUCACCUUGGUCUAUGGUCUGCCCAUCUAUUGGCUGGCAGGACUUAAUGAAGCACCAGACCGCUUUCUGCUCAACUUCUUGUUAGUGUGGCUGAUAGUUUACUGCAGCCGAGCCAUGGCUCUGUUUGUGGCUGCUUCACUGCCCACCCUGCAGACUUCCGCCUUCAUGGGCAAUGCUUUGUUCACGGUCUUCUACUUGACUGGAGGUUAUGUUAUCAGCCUGGAGAAUUUGUGGCUUGUGGCCUCAUGGCUCUCUCAUGCCUCAUUCAUGCGCUGGGGUUUUGAGGGCAUGCUGCAGGUGCAGUUCAGAGGCAAUAAGUAUCCUGUCAACAUUGGAAACAUCUCUAUUAGUGUGGAUGGCAUACACGUGGUAGAGGCUCUGAAUAUGAACCGGUACCCUCUGUACUCAUGCUACCUGGUCCUGCUGGCAGUCUGUUUGAGCUUCAUGGCGCUGUAUUUCCUGUCUUUAAAAUUCAUCAAGCAGAAGUCCAGCCAAGACUGGUGAACAAGACUAGAAGUUGACCAAACACCUUUGGAAAUCACACACACAUCACCUGGGCUCUUACUACACAAAGUAUUUUUGCAUAAGUGGAGGGAAGGUUCUAGUUUGACUAGUUUUGAUACCGAGCUUUCGAUUUUAUUCUUAUUUAGACACAUUUUAUUAGAAAAGUUCUUAAUUCAAAUGUUAAAAGUAAAAUACAUGUAUGUUUGUAAUUUCAGUAUCCCAAACUGUCUCUCUGUAGAGUGCAAAAAUAAAAUACUGUGUUUACUUGUCCAAAAGAUUUCAAAAUGCAUCCGUCAUCUACAGUUUCAAAUCUGUCAAUAAUAAGAAUUUGCAGAUGAAAAAGUUUUGGAUGGAGAUGAAGCAGAUUGGAGUUGCAGUGCCGCUGCCUGCUGCUGGAUGGCAGCAGAGGACUGUCGUAACAGUGAUAUCAAAAUGGUGAACUUUUCCCUCUCUCUCCUUUUUCUCAAACAUGGCAAAUAAUUAGUGCUGCUUUGGUAGAUAUCAAUCUGGAGCUUUUGCUUGUUCCAUUUUCGAUCUUUUCCCCCUCAGCUUUAUCUUUUUUUUUUUUGUAUAUGUAAGGUUAUUAAGCUUAUUAUUAAGCCUGAAUA